UGAAAGUCAUUGUCCGUCACAACAGUCUCGUGUCAGACUCAGAGCUCCGUUCAACACCGUCCAAGACAUGCAGUUUUUCGCUCAGUUAGACCAACCGCUCUUGUGAGCGUUUUGUACAGUCGUAUUGGACUGCGCGGAACUGUGAAUCUAGAACGUCAAGAGAGAAAAAGAGAGCGCCAGGAAAGCGGUUAAACGCUAUCGAAGAGUUCCAACAUAUGUUUUCUGGUUCUCCAUCAACUUUUCCAAGGUGAAAAAAACGACUCCUUCAGAAUGAGGGAACUGGAAAUCUACAUUUUAUUGCUUCUUGGGCCAAGUUUCACAGCAGUACAAAGUCAGACGGACUUGGUGAAGCCUCCUAAAACCAAACACGAGGAAGAGCUUUUGGUACAUGAAAAUGCGACCUUGGUUUGUGAGGGAGACAAGAAAUUCGUCUGGACGUUCAAGUAUCAGGACCGCGAAGUUAGAUUUCAAGAAAAGAUCAAUCAUGGAAAAGUUGGCGACACCCACGUGUCCACAUUACAGCUAAACAACUCUAACAGUCAAGGUCAUUACUACUGCCAUUAUGAGAACACUGACCUGAGUGACCCAGGGGCAUCGGCCACUACUUAUGUCUACCUUUUUUCUAAAGACAAGGACUUUGCUGAGCUGCAUCUCAGUGAAGAAAUCGGCACAAUAAAGGGGAAUAAAGGCGACCAAGUUGUGCUAGACUGUAGGCCUACCCACCCCAAUCUCACAGUUGUUGUUGAACAUGGUGACAAGGAAAUCCACCGGGGUCCUUUGGAGGAUCCCAGGGUGGGCUUCGUUCUCCGAAACCUGACGAAUGAACACAGGGGGGACUACCUGUGCAAAAUUCAUGAUGUGGUGAAGGAAUUCCAUGUGGAAGUUCUGGGACCCCCGACACCGCCAUGGCUGAACAUCAGCAAGAACACUUAUCCAGUGGUGGGAUACGACAUGGAACUCUACUGCAGAAUUUUGGACAACAAAUACGAGGCGGAACCAACUUUCACCUGGAUUCAGCCCGUGAAGGAUAACAGGACUAGUCAGACAACAGAACACCAUCGUCUUCACUCGCACAUGUUUUACACGAAUUACCUUCGCGUCCGAAACGUCACACUUAAGGACAGCGGGACCUACAAGUGCAAGGUCAACAUUCAAGGAAUGCUUCCCACUGAAAUGACGUCAAACUUAAUUAUUAAAGAGACUGAGGAUCCCUUCGUCUAUGUCAAACCAGUGACGCAAAACCUCACUUGCAACAAAGGAGAGAACGUCACGUGGGAGCUGGAGGUGGAGAGUUUUCCUCCGAUGCCCAGAUUUGAGACUAACGCCAGAUUCAUCCACAAGCGUUUCAAGAACGGUACAAACAAACUCCUAAUAGAAAAAGUGGCACCUUCUGACUUUGGCGAACACACAGUGACCAUCACGACUGCGAACAACUACUCCAAGGGCGUCAAAACUGCACGUGCUCAGUUGUACCUGACAGUCCUAAGCCAAACGGAACUCAAAAUAGCGGGAAUACGAGACACCACUGAGGAAAACUCCACAAUAACUGCCACUUGCAAUGCUACUGGGUAUCCUAUGGAGAAAAUCACUUGGCAAUAUCAGUCAUGCCCAAGGGGUGAGUGCCCCAACCACCGCUCUUCAGGAAAGACUAGAGGUUAA